AUGGCUUCACCCCGAAAGUUUGAAAUCCCGGAAGUGGAUAGUAAUCCCUUUAAAAUGGCUGCAGUCGGAAAUCUAGAACUACUAAAAUUGAUUGUGGGGCCAGAUACAAUCACGGAAGGAGGUGUACCGCUGAAUGUGAAUGCAAAGGAUCCCUAUGGAUGCACGGCGCUGGUUUGGGCAGCUAGAAAUGGCAAUCAUGAAGUCGUAGAUUUUCUCGCGAACAAUGGCGCAGACCCGGAUGUAAUCAGUUUUGGUGGUCUUCGUCCUCUACAUCACGCUGUCAAUCACUCGCAAUUACCUAUCGUCGAGCGCCUUAUUCUACUUGGUGUUAGCGUCGAUUCAAAGGACAAUGCUGGCAACACGCCAUUACAUUUUGCAGCGUCCCGCGGCAAUUUAAAUAUCAUCAUGCUGCUUUUAAAUGCCGGUGCCAAAGUCAAUAUCACCACCUUGCAGGACGUUUCUCCACUCAUGAAGGCUGUAUCGUCUGGUCAUAUUACCGUUGUUGAGAAGCUCUUGGAUAACGGAGCAAGCCCAGAUCACUUUAACGCAGAAGGCAAUACGGCACUUCAUCUCGCAAUUCGUGGUGGUUUCAAUUCUAUUGCAAACGUGCUUAUGAAAGCAGGAGCCACCCCUACAAUUCGUAAUAAAGCUGGAAAAACGCCCCCAGAACUCGGUCUGUCUUUUAGUAUUGAGGAUACCAACAGUAAAAAGAAGCAUUAA